AUGAAGAAAAGAUAUUUAAAAUACAUUAUAAACCACGAAGAAAAAAUAUUUCAAAAAAAAUUUGCAAGUAUUUUUACACAAGCAGGUUUUUUAAUAAGCAAAUUUUUAUGCAAACAAGGGAAACAAUUUUAUAAUUUAGUAAGGCUUUAUCCAUAUUGUAUUGGUUCAUGUAUUCGAAUAUUACCAGCCACAGAACUGAUAAAACAUUUAAGACGCUGUCAUAAAAAUAUAUUUUACGAGAUAAAGCAAAAUGAAAAAAUAUUUCCGGAAGAAUGUGUAAUAGAAAUUGAUACAUUGCCGAAAAAUUAUGAUUGUUCAUUUCUGAUAAGUAUGGGAUUAUUUUUUAUUAACAUUAAGAUUCAUAAAAAUAAUGAAUUGACAGGGAUUAUAAAGCUUGUAGAAAACAUACCAAUAGAACAGUUUCAAUGUCGGCUUGCUUUUGAAAAUCGGGAUUACCAAGUGAAGCUAAUACCGUGCCUCCAUAGAAGAUGGAAAGAAUCAUUUUCUCUUCACACAAACAGAGAUGAGAUGCUACAUUUGACAAAAGGCAAAUUAUUUAAAUGUACAUUAAUAAUAAGUCAAAUUUAA